UUGGACUCGACAGUGGUGGCCCUGAGUCAGUCUCGCUUUUCCGAUGGCCAGCUGUGCGCUCAGGUCUGCACAAACGACCCACCGUGCUUUCCCAUCCAGUUCCCCGCCAACGACCAGCGGCAGCUGCGGAGUGGAGCACGCUGCAUGUUCUUUGUGCGCUCCAGCCCCGUGUGCGGCAGCGGAAUGACGUCUCUGCUCAUGAACAGCGUCUAUCCGAGAGAGCAGAUCAACCAGAUUACCUCCUACAUCGACGCCUCCAAUGUCUAUGGCAGCUCGCGACACGAAUCGGAGCAGAUCCGAGACACGGCGAGCCACAGGGGGCUUCUUCGUCAAGGCAUCAUACAACGUACGGGUAAGGCGCUUCUUCCGUUUGCCACGGGACCCCCUACGGAGUGCAUGAGGGAUGAAAACGAGAGUCCGAUCCCUUGCUUUUUGGCUGGAGAUCACCGCGCAAACGAACAGCUCGGCUUGACCGCCAUGCACACAGUGUGGUUCCGGGAGCACAACCGCAUCGCUACAGAACUGCUGAGACUGAAUCCCCACUGGGACGGGGACACCAUCUACCACGAGACCAGAAAGAUAGUGGGGGCCCAGAUGCAGCACAUCACCUACAAUCACUGGUUACCAAAGAUUCUCGGUGAAGAAGGCAUGAGGAUUUUAGGGACGUACACCGGUUAUGACCCCAACGUCAACGCUGGCAUCUUCAACGGGUUCGCCACAGCAGCUUUCCGCUUUGGACACACCCUCAUCAACCCAAUACUGUACAGGUUAAACGAGCACUUUGAGCCCAUCCCCCAGGGCCACAUCUCCCUGCACCGGGCCUUCUUCUCUCCUUUCCGCAUCGUAAACGAGGGCGGCAUCGACCCGCUCCUACGCGGACUCUUUGGUGUUGCAGGAAAAAUGCGCGUCUCGACCCAGCUACUGAACACGGAGCUGACCGAGAAGUUAUUCUCCAUGGCCCACGCUGUGGCUCUGGAUCUGGCUGCCAUGAAUAUUCAGAGAGGAAGGGAUCACGGCAUACCGCCAUAUAAUGACUACAGGACCUUUUGUAACUUGACCUCAGCGCAGACAUUUGAUGACUUGAGGAAUGAGAUCAAGAACCCUGAUGUCAGAGAGAAAUUACGGAGGCUCUACGGCACACCUCUUAACAUCGACCUGUUCCCGGCCCUGAUGGCUGAAGACCUGGUCCCUGGCAGUAGAUUGGGUCCCACCCUCAUGUGUCUGCUCGCAACGCAAUUCAAACGCGUCCGGAAUGGAGACAGGUUCUGGUAUGAAAACCCAGGCGUUUUCUCACCUGCACAGCUGACGCAGCUUAAACAGGCGUCCUUAGCUCGGGUUCUGUGCGACAAUGGGGACAACAUCACCCGGGUCCAACGGGAUGUGUUCGCAGUGGCCGACCUGCCCCACGGCUACGGAAGCUGUGCUGACGUUCCUCAGAUCGACCUGCGCAUGUGGCAGGACUGUUGUGAAGACUGCAGAACCAAGGGUCAGUUCAAUGCCCUAUCAUACCACUUCAGGGGACGAAGAUCAGCUGAGCACAGCUACAAAGAGGAGAAACCUGCCAAUAGCAUCCAGGAGACAAGCCCACUGGAAGGUGCCAACAACAGUCUUUCAAAUGUAACUUUGAGCACCAAAACGAGCAGUGAACCUUCGGUCAGUGACUUCCAGGAGUUUGUCUCAGACAUGCAGAAGACCAUCACAAGCUUACGGAAACAGAUUAAAAGACUAGAAGCUCGUCUACACAAGUCCACCUGCACUGACAGUGAGGGGCGCGAGCGAACGGAUGGAGAGCGCUGGAAAAAGGACUCGUGCUCGACGUGCGAAUGCAGAGACACCCAGGUGACCUGCUUCGUCGAGUCGUGUGCCGCCGCCGAGUGCAAACAGCCCAUCAAGCUAAAAGGUGCCUGCUGCCCGGUGUGCCUCGAGCAGGAAGAUGGCAACAAAAGGCAAAAAGCGGAAACCCGCCACAAGUAAAUUUCAGGACCCCCUCCUCCCCACCCCAACAACCUCACACCCUGACAAUCUGGUGCCUGAAAAUCACAAAAAAAAAAAAAAACAGAUGUAUGAAAAGAGGAGAUGGGACUGACUCAUAGCCACAGUUGACCUCGACAAACCCAACAGCCUCUCAGUUUUGUUUUGUUUGCUUUUUUUAUAUCAGGGGAGCAUUUUAUUUUAUUAUUUUUUUGUGGCUAUUUCAGAUUUCCAGUUUGUCCAGAGCCAGCAGCCUGGGGCUCAGUUUGAAAUCCUUCAGCAAUAAGUCAGCAAGCACUCCACGGAUUUACUUCUGUAGCAGCGAAUAGAUUUACGGAUUGUACAAACAGGACGGACAAAAAGCCGUCCUGGCGCACUGAGGUGCUGUUUGCUCUCCAUGAGAAAAUGCAGGACCAGUUGCCGCUAACAAGCAGGAAAGGGAAGUGGAUGGAAAAGGUGGCAGUUGUCUCAAAAGAUUUUCUCAGGUUAGAGAUACCGAAAACUGGUGCUAUUUCCUUGUUUUUACUCCGAGUUAAUCUCUAAAUACGAACCUUAAAGUAUUACCUUUUUGUAUGCAAAGCCACCUAUAUACACUCGUUAUGUCUUUUAAUGAUACAUCAGACUUGAGUGGAUUGUUUUAUUCAGCAACUUUUAAUGAAUAGUUAUCUUUUUAUCAUCUGGUGCUUUAUAUGUUUGUGCUUUUUACCUUUGUUUCUGUGUACAUGCUUACAUGUGAAGAUAAUGUGAAGCCCUGCAAAAAAGUUUGAAAUGCAAAAAAAAAAAACAUGUCUACUGAUACCUGCUCUUCUAUACGUGGGAUAGCUUGCUUUUUUUUGUCUCUGCUAGUUGAACCUGGUGCAAGGAGGCGCUCUUCUGUGCAAGAAACCAAUGCAACUCCUGCAGCACUGUCCUCUUUAACCCCUUUUUACAAGGUCUUUCUCAAUAAAUCGGAAUAUCAU